AUGGAAGAGAAGCUCACUGUUUUCAGAGCAGGAACAAAGAAUGGGCCUUCGUUUUCGUUUUCUGGUGACCACAGCGCACGAGGUAUGAUAAUGGUCAGGGCCGUGAUAAUAUGCAUGUAAAUAUAUAUCUGUGCAUGGAAAGUGCCAAAAACGUGAAGAAUCAUGCAAAGCGUCAUCAAUGCUUGGACGUGUUUGCUUCAUAGAUACUAGCAGAAAGAUAGCUCAAAGCAAAACAAGAAGAUUCAGAUAGGUAAUUUUGAACCGAGUGAAUAAUUAGACACUAGUUAGUUCAGUAAUUGUUUUGAAGCAACUCCAGCUGCUUUGACGGGAUGUAUGCACUCAAUUGCAAAAACGAUGACAUGAAAAAAGUGAGCAAGGAACGACGAGACCCAAUGACUUUAUGAGUACACGAUCACCACAAUUAGUUGCAUGUACAUGGCAAAUGAUUGAAGCCAUCAACGCUUUCCUGAAAGAAAAGAAUUGCCGUGAAAUAAGAUUUUCAUUAAUAGUGAAAAACAAGAGAACAUUAACCGUUGAUAUUUCCUUGCUAGACUCUUGCUAAGCUUCUAGAAAUUUUCAAAAACCCCUUCUUUAUAGAAACUCUUCUAGAUAAAGCGGCUUAAUACUCUCCACAUCAUGAAAUUAAAGGUUAUAGAAGUAUGAUGUAAAUACAAAAAAAAAUUGAUAUAAAAUCGUACAAAUUAACCUUCAAGGCCAUCUCUCCUCCAGCUUAAAGAGACCCUUCUUAUUUGAAAUAACCGGUAGGAUGGCUACCGAGCCUGAUCUGUACUAUCCUCUCAAUCAAAGAGAAAAAAUCGCUGUUCGUCUGUCCAGGGCCGAUAUUUGGCCAAGUGACUUUGAUAAAAUAAAGGUGAAAAGCACUUCAAGUACCAUGGAAUAUGCGUUGCUGAAGUGAGUCAUUACAUGGCAGCAACUUGACUAAAGACGAACAGCAUACCCUUAAACGACUGAAAACGACGACGUCAUAGUUAUUCUUUAAUAAUAAUAACAUUAUACAACGCUGGUCUUAAAAAGAUGUCCAGUAAAUAAAAAUUUAUAAUAAUAUCAUUCUAAAAUACAUAUUUCAAAGACGCUAAAAACUGCUAAGAUAAGACUACUGAAAACCGUCAAUUUAAGAACUACUAAAAACUAGCUUACAAUAUUAAGGACCACAAAAAACACUUAAAUAGACCCUUCUUAUGAGAAAUAACGUUAGAUUUUAUUCCAGAAAAGAAUGCGGUUGUCCAACAACCUCGUGAUGUCUGGAUGGUUACCGAGCCUGAUCUGUACUAUCCUCUCAAUCUAAGAGACAAAAACACUGUUCGUCUGUUCAAAGCCGAUAUUUCGCCGAGUGUCUUUGAUGAAAUAAAGGUGCAAAAGCAUUUCAAGUUCCAUGGAAUAUGCGUUGCUGAAGUGAGUUGUAUGGAGGCCUCAGUACCUCCGUUAUAUUAAGUAAAUAAUACUUGCCUAGUAAUACUAUAUUAUGUGAAUGAAAGUGAUCCUCGCAGUAAUGUGCACUACUUGGGCAGUAGUGAAAAUAAGGCCUGAAAAAAAUUCAGGCCUGUACGGGAUUUGAACCCAUGACCUAUGCGAUACCGGUGCAGUGCUCUACCAACUGAGCUAACAAGCCAACUGGGAGCUGGCUAUUAUGUUGCUAAAAAAAAGGACAUGGAAAAUUUGACGACAAAUUUCCGCUUAAGUUACUCAAACAACUCAUUUGAGUAUACUGGACUGCUGUUUUGAAGGGCGGCGUGAAAUUGUUACCUGCACUCUCCUCUAAACACAAAAUUCUCAGUUUGCAGUGGAGUUCAGUUUCAAAUUCUUGUUCAGCUCUAACAUUAUGCUUAAAAGAUUAUUCGCCUGAGACUUAAUAAUUAUUAGUAGUCAAAUAAAGUUUACCACCCCUUCGGGAAACAAUCUAUUUUUGUGAGUAUACAUUAAGAGAGAUCACGACUUUCAUCUUUUUCUUGAAAGGGGUAGCAUUGUACCAUAAAUUGGGAAUGAUCCCUCAUUAUACUACGCGUUAUACUCUGUUCCUCCUAAGGCAACAAGGACAUAAUUCUAUGUGAAUCCAUAAAAUCUCUCCUAUUCUUCUCAACUGCACAAUUUUCGUCAUUUUAUACCAGAUCCAUUAUGUUCCAAUGGAACGCUUUUGGCUCUGACUGAGGGCUCGAAACGUCAGCUUUGAAACUCUUUACGGUAGCCAAUUUACAUUAUCAACUCAGUUGAUAAUGAUAACGUAAAUAUAAGUUAUAUAAUACUUAAUCACCAUGUCAUUCUGUUCCAAACUCUUUUCUUUGCCAUUUAAAACUGUAGGGUAAAAGUACAAAACACUUGAAGAAACAACUGGAAUCACUGGAUUGGAAAGAAAUAAAACUCGAAACAUGUCACGGUGGAAUGUCCCUCAUGGAUUUUAGCACACUCGUAGGAGCCGUUAUGGUAUACAUGAAAGACCAUUACCCAACCACACCUGAUGAAUACAACUUUCAAGCCGAAUUAAAGGCUGCGAGUCAUUGGUAUUGGUAUCCAAAGAGCAAUAAAAAUCCUGGCCAUGAGGAAGGAGAUCGUACCUCGAUAAAGCUUCCAAAACUUGUAUCGGGUCCCCACAAAGAUAAACGUAUUAAAAUAGCAGCACUAGAGACUUGUAAGAAAUGGAUCAGUGUCCUUAAAGAGUUGAAAACGGAAUCAUCGCCACAAAAGAGAUCUCAAAGGUCUAAAGAAGAUGAGCAGUCUUCAUCUGAAGAGGAUGAAAUUGAGGAACGCAUUUAUGGUUUGUAACUUUUAAACACUAGCGUUAAAGUCUCAAUAGACAGACAAAUUUCUGUUAGUUCAAUUGCAUACCAAGGGACCUGUUAAGCAUAUUAUCUACCUCAAACCUCUACUUCUACCGCAAAAACAGAAAAAUAAGGGGUAGAUUUCUAACAGUAUUAUCAUUUUACUAACAACCUAACUACACGAAUUUUAUGAUAUUGCUGUUGGCGGAGAUCACUGUAUCGAAUUCUUAGUUAGAUUGGGUCCUGUACUCGCUUAAUGAAAAAUUCCUUAAUUGUCCAUUAUCUCAUUUCAGUCUUUAUAAGUUUAUUAUUUCCUCAACUAUUUAUAGAUCUCGAGGAAAGCAUUUUUGAUUUGAAGACAUACUUCGAUUUCAAAGGUAGGUCCCCCUAUUUACUUUUUUCCAGUUAUUCUUAAACCCUUGUCGAAAUUAGCAAGAUAUGCUUUUCUUCUGAGAAAAUGAAAGUACAAUUUUGUCAAAUAAGAAUAAGAACUUCAGCAAUACCGGCAGACAGUUUUUCAGUCGCCCCACUUUGUAUGUCUCUCAGUCUGCAUAUCUGCCAUUCGAUCACUCCGUCACACUGUUACUCUGUCAUUCUGUCACUCUGUCAUUCUUUCACUUUGUCACUCUGUCACUCUGUCACUCUGUCACUCUGUCACUCUUUCACUCUGUCACUCUGUCACUCUUUCACUCUGUCACUCUGUCACUUCGUCAUUCCUUCACACUAUCACUCCGUCACUCUUUCAGUCUGUCACUCUGUCACUCUGUCAUUCUUUCACACUGUCACUCCGUCACUCUUUCACUCUGUCACUCUGUCACUCUGUCACUCUGUCAUUCAUUCACACUGCCACUCCGUCACUCUUUCACUCUUUCACUCUUUCACUCUUUCACUAUUUCACUCUUUCACUCUUUCACUCUUUCACUCUUUCACUCUUUCACUCUUUCACUCUUUCACUCUUUCACUCUUUCACUCUUUCACUCUUUCACUCUUUCACUCUUUCACUCUUUCACUCUUUCACUCUUUCACUCUUUCACUCUUUCACUCUUUCACUCUUUCACUCUUUCACUCUGUCACUCUAUCAUUCUUUCACACUGUCACUCCGUCACUCUUUCAGUCUGUCACUCUGUCAUUCAUUCACACUGCCACUCCGUCACUCUUUCACUCUGUCAUUCUGUCAUUCUUUCAUACUGUCAUUCUUUCAUACUGUCACUCGGCCACCCUUUCAUCCCUCACUCUGUCACCCUGUCACCCUGUCACCCUGUCACCCUGUCACCCUGUCACCCUGUCACCCUGUCACCCUGUCACCCUGUCACCCUGUCACCCUGUCACCCUGUCACUUUGUCACUCUGUCACUCUGUCACUAGGUCGUAAAAGGGUCUCAUACUCAGUUUGGUUAUGAAUGGCAUGUAUUUAAAAUAACAUGAAGCUCAUCUAUCUUCAGAGCUGGAAGAAGACGAAACAGAAAGUGAAAAAUACUCCUAUAAGCAGUAUGGAAAUGAGGAUGAGGGUGGCCCAAUGGAUAUAAAAUUGACCAAGGUGAGCUGAGUGACAGGAAGGCCUGUUACAAUUUUCAUCCUCCUAACACUCACUCGCAAAUGUUUGGGAAGGAUUGUCCAUCGUAAGUUGUUUAAAAGAGAAAAACUGACUAACAAAUUUCUAAGUUUCACUUUCCCUACGAGUUCAUGCAAUUUUUAGAUUAUUUGUUGUUUUUGAAAGAUUAACUCGCGCCUAUUUGGAACAAAUUACAUUCGUAAUUAUUUCAUUACCUACACAAAAAUGAAAGUUUGUCUCUAUUAAUUUUACAGGACAACCCACCAAAUGAGGUGGCCAAGUACGCUCCGCAUCUGGGUGGAGAAUUGCAUUACGAGGAAGAAACAUUACUGAAAAGAAGAUCAGGGAAAAUGGUGUGUCACAAAAGGAACAGCUGGGAAGAGCAUGUAUUUCGACUAAGAUCACAAUCUGCCUGAAUUGGGAAGGUCAAGAACUGAGAAUCAAAUAAACUUUGGAAAGGUUAUUAACUCUGGUUAAGAAUAUAUGAAAGUCAUUAACGUUAUUAACUCUCUUGUAUCACAUAUUCAAGGAAUGUAAAGCUGUGCAUAUCGAUUCAGAGCACUGCAUUUUGGAAGAAUUUGUUUGAAAUAGUAGUUAUACUCGCAACCUUAAUGAGAGUCUGGAGCAAAGACUCGCCUUAGACCCCUUGAUUUAGCGUUUUCCUUUUAUCCACGCUGCGCAGUUUCAAGAUCCAGUAAACACAAACAUUCAUGAUGCACAAAACAUUUAAUACAUUUACACUUAUACAAUAUGUUUCACAUAUGGCUUAAUUAGCGAUUUUGACAUAAUUAUUUCAAUGAAAUAUACGCGUGCGUAUAUAUACACAAUCAAUGCUAUUACCCUAGAAUUUAAUUUUUUCGCUGACAUGAAUAUUAUUAAUUUUUUUACCACUUUACCACAAAAGAGUCUGCUUGUGUUAAUAUAUAUCUCUUAUAUUUAUCAGCGCAAAAUUUUCCUCUGCCCACAAAAGGCUUAAUUUCCCCUUACUGAUCCACUGAGUUUGACAAACUUUCACCGUUUUGCGUUCCACACAGUUUUCCUUACAAAUUUUCGUCAUCAACAAAGUUCCUGCGAUUUGCGGCAGAGCAAAGAGGUCUCUCAGAUUGUUAGAUCUUUUUUGUCUAUCCCUACAUCUUCUGCUAACCAAAAUUUUUCCGGUCUACCCAAAGGAUUGUUUAUUUGAUGGGUUUCUCUGGUAAACAAAAAGUUCAAAUUUAAGGGAACAGCUGAAGAUGAGAUACAAAGAAGAUCAAGUUAAAGAUACGUAAAAAAUGGAGAUGGGUUAUUCCCAACCACAAAUACUUCUUAACUGAUAUCUUGUAAUGGAGCAUUUCUGCCCUCAAACUUGAUUGCUUGGUCUUCUCAUAUUUUUAAUUGUUUAUCAAAUAAGUCUUUUUUUUUUUGCUAUCGCUGAAAUAGAUUUGUAAAAAUGAAACAGAAAACGUUGGGGAAUAAGAUAAUCAGUACUAGCAAUGUAUCUAAUCACGUAUUGCGAUUUAGAGGCAUGAUUAUUUUACUGUCUGAUAAACCCACCUUUAAUGGGAAAUUAGUGCUCAUGAAUCGUUGUAUAACGUGAGCGAGCGCUGAUUCUCAGAUUAGCAGCAGAUUGACUAUGAGUCUGUUUAUAAUUACUUUGACAUCAACAAUUCCAGCUUUUAACUUGUAUUCCACUGAUGUUGUGAGAAAAAGGCAUUGGGAUGUUAUAAUUUUUGAUUUUUCUCUUACAUUUAAUUCACAGGUAUAUUUCCUACUUUUUAGUUUCCAUAGCCAGUUUCUUUUCCUCAGACAGAGGGCCAAAUGUAAAGUAAUCAUGACCAAUAAUUAACAAUUAUCCACUUAAGCAGAAGUGAAUACUAGUGGAUAUUAACCGAGCCGCGAGGCAGCGAGGUAAAUAUCCACCACUUUCACAGUUACUGAGGUGGAUAGUACUUUUCAUUCACCUCGGAACUAGCCUAUCAGCGCGUCAAUCAGGGAUCGCGAAAUGCAUUACAUGAUUCAACUGAAAAGUAAAUAUUAAUCACCAUUGCACGUACAUCCAGCUUCUUUUGGAAAUCUAUCUGACUACCUACAAAAUGAGAGGCACAGCUAAUAUAGUAUUGCUUUCUUUGAAACCUGUAGUUCAUAUUUUUAUACGGAAACUGCUGGAAUUCUUACCCACAUUAGACAUUAAAAACAGAACGCAUCAAGGCAUUCAAUCGUAGGAGGAAGCAACGAACGUGUUGUCUAUCUG